UUCAUCAGUCGAAGCCACAACGCAGACGACGUCUGGACUUCAUCCUGGUUAAAUCCUGACUCCUUCCCUAAUGACCCCCUCCCAGGCUACAGAGAGAGAGCGCUGAAACCAGCAUUUGCCGAGACAACCGAAGGUGCGCCAGAGCAGCUUCCUCGCACCCCCCCAGCCCCCACAGUUCCCAGUGUGGCUGCGCUUUCACCCGGCCGACGCUCCCCACAUCCCAAGUCCCCCAGCGAGUCUCCAAGGGAACGCAAGACGCCUGUCGAAGACAAGAAGAAAUCUAAACCUUUGGGUUAUCGGGACUCGAGUUAUUACUGGGAGGUGCCCUCCAACGAGGUCACCUUGCUGAAGCGUAUCGGUGCCGGCUCCUUCGGCACCGUCUACCGGGGCCGUUGGCACGGAGACGUCGCGAUCAAGAUCCUCAAGGUCACAAACCCCACCAGCGAGCAGGUGCAGGCCUUCAAGAACGAGAUGCAGGUGCUCAGGAAGACACGCCACGUGAACAUCCUGCUCUUCAUGGGGUUCAUGACUCGGCCCAGCUUUGCGAUCAUCACCCAGUGGUGCGAAGGCAGCAGCCUCUACCAGCACCUGCACGUGCAAGAGACGCCCCUCGAGAUGGUGCAGCGCAUCGACGUGGCCCGGCAGACGGCGCAGGGCAUGGAUUAUCUUCAUGCUAAGAACAUAAUCCACCGAGAUCUCAAAUCCAACAACAUCUUCCUGCAUGAGGGACUGACGGUGAAGAUUGGCGACUUCGGCCUGGCCACGGUGAAGACGCGUUGGAGCGGCUCUCAGCAAGUGGAACAGCCCAGUGGCUCCAUACUUUGGAUGGCAUCCGAAGUGAUUCGAAUGCAAGACCCCAACCCCUACAGCUUCCAGUCCGACGUCUACUCCUACGGAGUCGUGCUGUACGAGUUGAUCACCGGGACCCUUCCCUACAGUCAUAUCAACAACCGAGACCAGAUCAUAUUCAUGGUCGGCCGGGGAUACCUGUCUCCUGACCUAAGCAAGGUGCCCAGCAAUUGCCCCAAAGCCAUGCGCAGGCUGAUGUGUGAUUGCCUGAAAUUCAAGCGUGAAGAGAGACCCCUCUUUCACAAGAUCUUAGCCACCAUUGAGUCGCUCCAGCACUCCCUGCCCAAGAUCGAGCGCAGCGCCUCCGAACCCACACUCCAUCGGGUGGCCCACAACGAAGAACUGACCCCCUUCGCUCUGCCCACUGUCCUGCGGUUCCGCAGCUAACGUGGCCUGAUGGUAGAAAUGCCCGCAAAGGCCACGCACCCCUCAAG